AAAAAGCUAACCUCGAUUUUUUUGUUCCAGAGCAAACCUUACUGUAAGGAAGUGCAAUUGCCUCUUGAAGGAUUCUGGAACGCUAAUGACGUGUGGGACCCCAUGGGUGAGAUUAUGUGUCAAUUUUUGGUGAAGUCCAAAUGGAAACCAACAAAUGGCGGGGACAUUGGUUUGUAUGAACGGUCCCACAGGGAGUGAGGUGUCAGUAACAAGGUUGGUGAAAUGUGGACUGAUCGCCUAGGUUACUGCUUAGAACCCAACAUCUGCCUGAAGCACGUUUACCCUGGAAGACGACGGGGGAGAGAAACAUUGCCCUGUGAGGAUGUUGGAGCCAGAAUUGUGUUGGAUUUUGUUUUUUUUUUUAAUGGGAUUUUGUAUUAGACAUUUUUUUUUCUGCUUUUGGAUUCAGGUCAAAAGAGUCAGUCAAGCAAAUCCCUCUCUCUCUACCCCACAAGAAAGAUUCUCUUACUCUACAACAAGGGCUAGAAACAAAGCAUUACAUAGAAGCCCCACAUAUCAAUAAAAGAUGAAAGGACUCAAAACUCAGGAAUCUCCCUCAUUUCCCACACCAUCUAUAAGGAGAAGCCAUUCUCCUUAAUCUUCCUUUCUCAAAUUGAAAUCAAACCAUCACUCAUGGCUAGAGCCUCUCAAGAUUCCUCCUCUUCUAAGAGGCACUUCCACUGGACUAAAAAGAUUGGAACUGAAAAUGAUGAAGUUCCAAGCUUCAAGUCCUCCUCAAACUCCACUGAGGAAGACAAAAAGGAAAAUGCUAGGAGCCAUGCUGCUUUGCUAACUCCAAAGAAGAAGCUUCCAGCUGUAGCAGUUGCUAGGCUUCGCUCUGUUCUUUCAGCCUUUGGUAAGAACCGAUCUAAUCUCCCACUGGGGCUUGGCCACAGAGUCGUCGGUACCCUUUUCGGCUACCGGCGAGGGCAUGUUCAUUUUGCUUUUCAAAGAGAUCCCAAUUCUCCUCCAGCUUUUCUCAUAGAACUUGCAACACCAAUUAGUGGAUUGGUUCGAGAAAUGGCAUCUGGGUUGGUGAGAAUUGCAUUGGAGUGUGACAAGGAGAAAGAAGAGGAGAAAAAUAAAGCAGUGAGAUUGCUUGAAGAGCCAAUGUGGAGGACUUAUUGUAAUGGGAAGAAAUGUGGUUUUGCAACUAGAAGAGAAUGUGGGGCUAAAGACUGGAAAGUUUUGAAAGCUGUGGAGCCAAUUUCAAUGGGAGCUGGUGUGUUGCCUGGAGUUAUAGGUGACCUUGGAGCUGAUGGUGAACUCAUGUAUAUGAGAGCUAAGUUUGAGAGAAUUGUUGGGUCUAGAGAUUCUGAAGCUUUCUACAUGAUGAAUCCUGACAGCAAUGGUGCUCCUGAACUCAGUAUCUAUUUGCUUAGAGUCUAGAACUUUGAGUUACUUGCAUAUUCCUUUUCUAUCUUUUUUCUUUAAUUAUCUAUAUAGAUUUUGGAACAGGAAGCUAGCCAUAGAUGUUUAGCUCUUGAAGAACCAUGAAAAUGGAGAGCUCUGUUAUGUUCCUUUUUUUUUUUUUUUCUUUUUACUUUUCUCCUUUUGAGAAAAUGGUGGGUAAGUGGAGCUUUACUUGUAUUUUGUUAGAUGUAGGUGGAGGGGCAAAUACAAUAGAACAUGAUGGAUAGGUGGGGUCAUGAAGGUGUAUAUGUAUAGCUUUUUUUUUUUGAGGCCAAUGCAAUCAUGAAUGUCUUCUCAUUUUGUUUAA